AUGGUCCAGCCCAACUUUUCGACCUCCAAGAAGGACACUGGCGAUGGAGAGGGCUCUUCAGCUACCGCUGCUCUCGAUGUCUUCCUGGACAACCAGCACCAGUCAUACUUUGAAGAGCUAUACAAGUCAGAGGCGGUCUGUCUCUGUAUCCUGAGACUAUUGCCACCAGUACAUCGUCAUAUCGUCCUUCACUACCUAUGGUCACAUCAGGGUGUCUCCGCUAUAGAUCUGAAGCUGUUGAUACAACAACCAGAAGAUCUGAGCUUGGAAUUAAUCCAAGAUGUGCUCAAGCCCCUACAUGACCGGAAGAUCUUGGGCGGGAUGACAUACUCCCAGAAUAAGAUGAGGUGGUCGAUGAAUGACUCGGGAACGUCCAACUCUUUCGGAGUGCCAUACCAGCCAGAUGAUGAAGAGGAUGUACCCGGAGUGGAUGAGCUGAUAGAGUAUGGGGAGGAGACGUGGGAGUCAAUCCUCAAGUACAUGGUGUCUUCAGGCCUGGCCAACGGCCUCGUCACUAUUCGACCGCGUCAGCAAGUGCUCCAGCUCCUAUACUCGUCGGGUCUCAUGGCGGACAACGCGGACUUGUCGGGGGAACGACCCAACCUCGAACGUCUGACCAUCACCUCGAAGGGUUUUCAAUUUCUUCUCGAAGACCGACAGACACAGGUCUGGGAGAUACUCAUGUACUACCUCACAUUGCGCGAAAACCGAGAACACAAUACCGCGCCUAUCCUUUCCCUCUUCUUCUCCCUUGGUACCAUGCAACUCGGACACGCCUACUCUGCCUCGGCGUCGUUCGCUUCCCAAGCGCAACAAGCCGUCCUAUCCGACCUGGAGCAAUACGGCUUUAUCCUCCGGCGUCAAAAGUCAUCGGACGAUGGAUCCCGCGCAGACGCAUUCUAUCCCACCCAUCUGGCGACCAGCCUGUGUUCCGGAGAUCUUGCUGGUCAGCUGGGUGGAGCGGAGGGCGAGGAGAAGCGAUUCUUGAUCUUGGAAACAAAUUACAAGAUCUACGCGUAUACCUCCAAUGAGCUAGAAAUAGCCAUCCUGAACCUCUUUGUGGACAUCCGGAUUCGAUACCCAAAUUUGGUGGUUGGCAAGCUGGAUCGAAAGCACGUUAAAGCCGCGAUGGAGAAGGGAAUCUCGGCGGCACAGAUCAUAGCGUAUUUGGGCAGUCAUGCACAUAGCCAGAUGUACCUCUCCCCACCACCCAUCCUCCAUCCGACUAUAGUUGACCAGUUGCACUUGUGGGACAAGGAGCGGAAUCGGCUCAAGGCGGACGACGCGGAAAUGUUCGAGUUCUUUUCGAAAGAGCUGUACGACGAUACCGAGACAGAGGCGAAACGGUAUGACGGUCUGCUACUAGCUGUUCCCAGUGCCAAGCUGUUGUUCGUCGAUCCGGCCAUCAAGGAGCCACUGCGAGAUUAUGUCAAAGGGCAGCAGCGCCAGCUACGAGGGGAAUGA